CUUGUUGUAAGAGGAAGUGAGGUAGUGCUCAGUACAGCUGAUGGUGCAGUAUGAUGGAGUGGAGCUUGUUGUAAGAGGAAGUGAGGUAGUGCUCAGUACAGCUGAUGGUGCAGUAUGAUGGAGUGGAGCUUGUUGUAAGAGGAAGUGAGGUAGUGCUCAGUACAGCUGAUGGUGCAGUAUGAUGGAGUGGAGCUUGUUGUAAGAGGAAGUGAGGUAGUGCUCAGUACAGCUGAUGGAGCAGUAUGAUGGAGUGGAGCUUGUUGUCUUCUCUGUUGUCUUCUGUUGUCUUAUGUCAGUAUGAGGUAAAUGACUGAGGUACUGAAUACAUUUUAACUGAGUUGUUUACAUCAUAGUGGUGUGUUCUUAAUGAGGGUAUAAAGUUAGUUUUCCUUCCUCUCUUGAGGUAACAGUCUGAUAGGGUUGGAUUCUAACUGUUGUUUGUUUACAGGUCUACAGGUCUGGCUUCAAAAUCCUAAUCUGACCCUGAGGAGAGAAAUUCUGACUUUGAGAGGGAGGAGGGGGCCCUGCCUCUAAAAUGAGUCUCUCUGGGGAGAGAGAGGAAGGGGGCACUGCCUCUAAAAUGAGUAUCUCUGGGGAGAGAGAGGAAGGGGGCACUGCCUCUAAAAUGAGUCUCUCUGGGGAACAUGACAUGGACACCAAAGCUAAGAGCCCAAUCCAGGAGAGACCAGCCUCACCUGUACCCAGCUGUGUGUCCAUGAAGAGUGACAGGUCUAUGCUUGAACCUAUCAAUUUCAAAGCUGGAGGAGGACCUUCUAAUUAGGAAGGGAUGAGACAGCAGAGACCAGCCUAACCUGUACCCAGCUGUGUGUCCAUGAAGAGUGACAGGUCUAUGGAUCUACCUAUCAUGUUCAGUGAUGGAGGAGGACCUUCUAAUGAGGAAGGGAUGAGACAGCAGAGACCAGCCUCACCUGUACCCAGCUGUGUGUCCAUGAAGAGUGACAGGUCUAUGGAUCUACCUAUCAUGUUCAGUGAUGGAGGAGGACCUUCUAAUGAGGAAGGGAUGAGACAGCAGAGACCAGCCUCACCUGUACCCAGCUGUGUGUCCAUGAAGAGUGACAGGUCUAUGGAUCUACCUAUCAUGUUCAGUGAUGGAGGAGGACCUUCUAAUGAGGAAGGGAUGAGACAGCAGAGACCAGCCUCACCUGUACCCAGCUGUGUGUCCAUGAAGAGUGACAGGUCUAUGGAUCUACCUAUCAUGUUCAGUGAUGGAGGAGGACCUUCUAAUGAGGAAGGGAUGAGACAGCAGAGACCAGCCUCACCUGUACCCAGCUGUGUGUCCAUGAAGAGUGACAGGUCUAUGGAUCUACCUAUCAUGUUCAGUGAUGGAGGAGGACCUUCUAAUGAGGAAGGGAUGAGACAGCAGAGACCAGCCUCACCUGUACCCAGCUGUGUGUCCAUGAAGAGUGACAGGUCUAUGGAUCUACCUAUCAUGUUCAGUGAUGGAGGAGGACCUUCUAAUGAAGAAGGGAUGAGACAGCAGAGACCAGCCUCACCUGUACCCAGCUGUGUGUCCAUGAAGAGUGACAGGUCUAUGGAUCCACCUCCCUUCUUCAGUGAUGGAGGAGGACCUUCUGAUGAGGAAGGGGAUCAACAGAAGUCAGACCAGAGUCACCAUGACGACUUGUCUUCUAUAUUCACAGUGCUUGAGGAGACUGUCAUCAGGUUUGUGAAGGAAGAGCUGAAGAGGAUAAAGAGGAUUCUGAGUUCAGAUUUCCCAGAAGGCUUAGAGAGUCAGAGGGAGGACCAGGAAGUGGUGGACCCUGAAUAUCAGAAGCAGGAGAGCAGUGCCAGAAAGGGAGCUCUGAAGAUCACACUGCACGUCCUGAGGAACAUGAACCAGAAGGAACUGGCUGACACUCUGGAGGAAAAGCUUUCUCAUCAUAGACUCUCACGUAAACUCAAAUCUAAACUGAAGAAGAAGUUUCAGACUGUCUUUGAGGGCAUAGCUCAACAAGGAAACCUACCUCUACUCAAUAAGAUCUACACCGAUGUCUACAUCACAGAGGGUGAGAGUGCAGAGGUCAAUAAAGAACAUGAGGUGAGACAGAUUGAGACAGCAUCCAGGAAAUCAGCAAGACCAGAGACAGCCAUCACAUGCAACAACAUCUUUAAACCCUCAGCUGGACGAGACACACCUAACAGAAUUGUUCUGACAAAAGGAGUUGCUGGCAUCGGAAAAACUGUCUCUGUGCAGAAGUUCAUCACGGACUGGGCUGAGGGACUAGCCAAUCAGGAAAUCCAGUUCAUCUUUCCUCUGCCGUUUCGAGAGCUGAAUUUGUUGAAGAAAAAAGAGUUCAGUCUGAUGGAACUUGUCCAUCACUUCUUCUCGGAAACCAGAAAAUCAGGAAUCUCCAUCUAUGACAUGUACAAUGUUCUGUUUGUCUUUGACGGUCUGGAUGAGUGUCGACUGCCCUUAGCCUUCAAAAAGAACAAGAGCUGGUGUGAUGUCACAGAGUCCACCUCAGUGGAUGUGCUGCUGACCAACCUGAUCAAAGGAAACCUGCUUCCCUCUGCUCUCAUCUGGAUCACCACUCGACCUGCAGCAGCCUAUCAGAUCCCUUCUGAGUGUGUUGACCUGGUGACAGAGGUACGAGGGUUCAAUGAUGAUCAGAAGGAGGAGUACAUCCUGAAGAGAUGCAGUGAUGAGAUCCUGGCCAGGAGAAUCAUCUCACACAUCAAGGCAUCAAGGACUCUCUACAUCAUGUGCCACAUACCAGUCUUCUCCCUAAUGUGUGUGACAGUCCUGGAGCACAUUCUGGGAACAGAGAAGAAAGAGAAGAUGCCCAAAACCCUGACUGAGAUGUACACAGCCUUCCUGGUGUUACAGACCAAACAGAAGAAGGUGAAGUAUCAUGGGGAAACUGAGACAGAUCCACACUGGGAUGAAGAGAGCAUUAAGAGCAUUCUGUCACUGGGAAAACUGGCCUUUCACCAGCUGGACAAAGGCAACCUGAUUUUCUAUGAGAAAGACCUGACAGAGUGUGGCAUUGAUGUCCGAGAUGCCUCAGUGUACUCAGGAGUGUUCACACAGAUCUUCAGACAGGAUGGUAAAGUCUUCCAGGAGAAGGUGUUCUGCUUUGUCCAUCUGAGCUUUCAGGAGUUUCUGGCUGCUGUGUUUGUGUGUCUCUCAUUCAUCAACAACAAUGAGAAUCUGAUGUCUCAGUCCACCUCAGACACAUCUGACGUCCACCUCUACAAGAGUGCUGUGGACAAGGCCUUGCAGAGUAAGAAUGGACACCUGGACCUUUUCCUCCGCUUCUUCCUGGGCCUCUCAAUGGAGUCGAAUCAGUCUGAUUUACGAGGCCUACUGACUCAUACAGGAAGCAACACACAGAGCCAUGAGAAAACAGUCAACUACAUCAAGAAGAAGAUCAGAGAGGAGUCCUCUCCAGAGAGAUGCAUGAAUCUGUUCCACUGUCUGAAUGAACUGAAUGACCAUUCUCUGGUGGAGGAGAUCCAACACUACCUGAGCUCAGGAAGUCUCUCCAGUAAGGAGCUCUCAUCUACACAGUGGUCAGCUCUGUUCUUUGUGUUGCUGACUUCAGAAGAGAAGAUGGAUGUGUUUGACCUGAAGAUAUACUCCAGAUCAGAGGAAGGUCUUCUGAGGCUGCUGCCAGUGGUCAAAGACUCCAAAACUGCUCUGUUGAAUGACUGUAACCUCUCAGAACGGUGCUGUGAAGCGCUGGCCUCAGCUCUCCCCUCCUCAGAGCUUACAGAGCUGGACUUGAGUUACAACAAACUGGGGGAUUCAGGCAUGAAGCUGCUCUCUGCUGGACUGGGGAAUCCACUCUGCAAACUGGAGACACUGAGGCUGUCAGGCUGUCACAUCACAGAGGAAGGCUGUGCUUCUCUGAGCUCAGCUCUGAAGUCAACCUCCUUCCUGAGACAACUAGAACUAAGUAACAAUGAUCUGAAGGAUGCCGGCAUGAAGCUGCUCUCUGCUGGACUGAGGAACCCACUCUGCAAACUGGAGAUACUGAGGUUGUCAGGCUGUCUGGUCACAGAGGAAGGCUGUGCUUCUCUGGCCUCAGCUCUGAGGUCCAACCCCUUCCACCUGAGGGAACUGGACCUGAGCUACAAUCAUCCAGGAGAAAAAGGAUCGAAGCUGCUCUCUGCUGGACUGGAGGAUCCACACUGCAGACUGGAGAAACUCAAUGUGGAUCAUGGUGGAGAGUGCUGGAUCAAACCUGGUCUUAGGAAAUAUGCCUGUGAGCUCACACUGGACCCAAACACAGCAUGCAGAGAACUCUCUCUGUCUGAGGAGAACAGAAAGGUGACAAGGAGGUGGGAGAAGCAGCCGUAUCCUGAUCACCCAGAGAGAUUUGAGGGCUGUGCACAGGUGCUGUGUAGAGAGGGUCUGUCUGGGCGCUGUUACUGGGAGGCAGAGUGGAGUGGAAGAUGGGUUGGUAUAGCAGUGACAUAUAAAGGAAUCAGCAGGAGAGGAAGGGGUGCUGACUGUAGGCUUGGACACAAUAACAAGUCCUGGAGUCUGGUCUGUGAUGAUGACGAUUACUCUGCCUGGCACAAUAAGAAGAGCACUGACAUACCUGCCCCCCCCUCCAGCUCCCACAGAGUAGGAGUGUAUCUGGACUGGCCGGCCGGCACUCUGUCCUUCUACACAGUCUCCUCUGACACACUGACCCACCUGCACACAUUCCACAGCACAUUCACUGAGCCCCUCUAUCCUGGGUUCUUGGUUCUUGAUGACUCCUCAGUGUCCCUGUGUCAGGUAGAAUAGCCCACACACACUCUCACACACUGUGCUCACAUAGAUGUCAUUGAAGAUUGAACUGUAUACAGUUGGAAUUGAUAUCCCAGAGUGUUUGUAAAUAUUGGUGUGUGUAGAAUGUUUGUUUUGUUUUAACCUUUUAGAUGUAAAUAUUACUGAUAUUAAAUAUUAUUAAUAUCUCUAAAUAUUACCUACGCUUCCACCAGAGUGAGUUAUUUUUCCAAAACGGAAGCUAGCUUUAGUUAGCUUCCGUUACCUAGCAACCUAGCAUAAUACUCGUAGCAAUGCUACUACCUGCUAGUGUUACUUGUUAGCCUCCUAAUUGUACAUUUUGAAGCCAUACUACAGCGUUUGUCAUGUAGUUUUUGUCUAUCGGAAAAUAGUCGGUUGGAAUGUUCAGAAUCACACGUGCGACGUUACUCUGUGGGGCUUUCGAACUAUCGCACACGUGUGAUGCUGCUCCUUAACGGGUUAAUUGUUGACAAACAACAAUCCUGUCUUUGAUCUCAGUCCCACUGAAUGUGAUGAACUAAAUAGUGUCUUAGUGACUAAAUAAGGAGAAAUAAAGAUGUUUUAUACAGGAUGAUAGAAGACAUGCUGUGUGUUUGUUGGUGACCCAGUGGCCCUAUAGACACACACACACACACACGUACACACACACACACACAUGCACACACACACAUGUACACACACAC